AUGUCAAGGUUCUACGAUGAGAUGGCGGAGGUGGACGAUGACGCCGAAGAGGACUACGACGACAAGGACCGCGCUAACGCGAACGAGCUCACCGCCAUGGAGAGAGACAUGCACGAGCGAAUCGCGCGGCGGCAGGAGCAGAGCAAGGCCUUCAUGGAGCAGCCCCUGGAGGAACAGGCCAAGCAGACCAUGCGAAGGCUCGGCGUACGUCUUCCGGAGUCCCGCAACGACCUAGGAGGUCGUAUCGACGACGAGGACGACGACGACGAGGACGACGACUUCCGGAUGGGACCGGGCGGCGGGGGGGGCGGCGGCGGGGGCGGGGGCGGCGGCGGCGGCGGGGCGGGUAGGCAGGGGGCGGGCGGAGUGGGCGGGGGGGGACGCGGCGGGUACAGCGAUGAUGACAUCGGGGAUGGGGUCGGUGUCGUGGACCCAGAGGUGGCGCAACAAGCGUUGCUCCCGGGCAUCUCGGACAAGAGCCUGUUCGUCGUGGAAUGCAAGACCGGAAAGGAGACGUCGCUGUGCCUCUCGGUGAUGAACAAGGCCUUGGCGUUCAAGGCGAACGGCCAACCGUUCGGGGUUACCUCCGCCGUCGUGCCCGCGGGAACCAAGGGUUUCCUGUACCUGGAGGCGCAGAACGAGCCGGCGGUUAAGGCGGCCAUCAACGGAUUGAGGGGGAUUUACCACAGCAAGCUCCGGAAGGUGCCCAUCCCGGACAUGACGGCCGUGCUCAGCGUGCGAAGCGCUACCCGCGCCAAGCCCGUGCGGCAGAACCAGUUCAUCCGCCUGAAGCGCAAGCCCUACACGGACGACCUGGCCAAGGUGGUGGAGGUCUUGGCAGGGGGCGAGAGAGCCGUCGUGCAAUUCAUCCCUCGCAUCGACCUCGUCUCCCUGUCAGCGGACGCCGAGACCCGCAACGCAAGGAAGUCUCUCCGCCCUCCCCAGCGAUUCUUCAAUCCGGAAGAGAUCAAGCAAGCGAGCGACGAGGCCAUGGUGGACCGCAGGCGUUUCCAGGGGCACGGGGACCACAUGGACUACUUCCAGAACAACUUUUUCCUCAACGGCUUCGUCGUCAAAGAGGUUAACGUGAGCACGUGGCUGCGCGCGGACAGGGUGAAUCCCACCCUCGAGGAGAUCCAGCGGUUCAAGAGCAGGAGGGAGAAGAGGGACCCGGGCGAUGGCGACGACAGCGACGACGAGCGCAACCGCGACGCUGAGGACAAGGACACGGAGAUCAUGGAGGAUCUCGCGAUGGCGCAGGCCAUGGAGCCCACGAGCGACGCGCCGCUGUUCUCGAAGGGCGACACCGUGGUGGUGGUGAAGGGAGACCUCACGGACCUCAUGGGGAGGGUGCUGAGGGUUAGGCAGACGGGGCAGUCGCAAGCCGAUGCCGUGGUGCACAUCCAGCCCCUGGUGGAGGAACUCGCCGACGAGGUGGUGGAGCUGAAGCCGGACCAGCUGGAGAAGUACAUCAAGGUCGGGGGUCACGUCCGCAUCAUCGACGGCAGGUUCACGGGAGAGACCGGCACAAUCCUCAAGAUUGUCAAGAACCCGGACGGUGCCAGCAGGGCCAUGGUGCUCACGGACAUGAGCUCCAAGGAGCUCGAGCUGCAGGAGACGCCCGAGGUCAGCACGGGGCUUGACUCCCUGCAAGGGUACGAGCUGUACGACCUCGUCAUGCUCGGCCCGAACGAGGUCGGCGUUGUGACCAGGGUCAACCGGGAGGACCUGGAAGUGGUUAACAAUUCCGGGAACGUGAAGCGAGUGCGUCCUCAGGAGAUCCGGGGCAAGAGGAACUCGCAAAGCCGCAGGGCUUUCGUCGUGGACACUCAGCAGAACCAGCUAGAGGUGGACAACGUGGUGGAGGUGGUGGAAGGCCAGCACGCCGGGUCUAAGGGCACCAUCAAGCACAUCGACCGCACCACCCUCUUCCUACACUCCAGGACGCACACGCAGAACGCCGGCAUCUUCCCGGUCCGGGCUAGGAGCGCGCUUCUGGCGGGGAGGAUGAACAGGGGGCAGGCGGCGGUGGGAUACAUGGGCGAGAUCAACGCGUCGGCGAAGAACGACAUCGUGAAGGACUUCAGGAACCGGAACGACGAGAUGCUCGCCAAGACUGUCAAGGUGAUCAGAGGGCAGCACAAGGGUCUGAUGGGUCAGGUCGUGGAAGCUACCGACACACACGUGAAGGUGGAGCUGCACUCCAAGCUCAAGAAGGUCACCAUCUCCAGGAGCCAGGUCAAGAUUGUGGGCGACCAGACGGGCGCGUACGCGGGGAACCAGUUCCAGAAGCCCGUCAUCGGAGAGGUACCCGGGACGCCCUACACCAUGCAGACUCCCAUGCACGGGUCCCAGACCCCAAUGCACGGGUCCCAGACCCCAAUGCAUGGGUCUCAGACCCCAAUGCACGGCUCGCAGACCCCAAUGCACGGCUCGCAGACCCCAGUCCACGGCUCCCAGACCCCCAUGCACGGCUCCCAGACCCCGAUUCACGGGUCCCAGACCCCCAUGGGCGGCAGCGGCGGCGGGGUGGGGAACCAGACCCCGCUGGGGGCGGGAGGGCAGACGCCUCUCCACGGCUCGCAGACCCCGAUGCACGGGGCGCAGACGCCGAUCCACGGGGCCGCCGGGGGGGAAACCCCUCGAGGGGGUGGGAGGAGCAAUUGGGACAGCUCUUCUCCGGCGCCGACGGCCGACGGAGGUUCUUCCCUUGGCAGCCCUUCCUCCGACGGCUAUGGCUAUGGCUAUGGAAGGAGAGGAGGUUACGGGGGCUCGCGUACGCCGCAGUCUGAGAGCUACUCGCCCAUGAGCAGCAGCCCCGGCGGCGGCAGCGUUCAGAACGGCUCCUACACCCCGCGCGACGCCGUGAUGGUGAUCGGGUCCCGCAACGACGGCAAGACGGGCAUCCUCAAGAAGAUCGACGGGAAGGACGGCAUCGUCAGAUACAAGGGCGGGGCCGAGAGGGACGUCGUGCCAAUGCAGAACAUUUUGAGGCUCAAGUAAUAAGGACAGGCAACGGGAAAAGGAAGGCAAUCAUGCCGCAAUAAAUCCGUUCCGUUUGACUGGGUUUAACCGUUAAGGCAUGGUACAAAACGUAGGAGUACGCCCCCCCCGUUUGGCUGGGGGGGGGGGAGGGGGGGCGGAGGGCGUAAUCAUGGGCAAGGGUUUUGUUUGCCCUGGACCGCUUGGAAGGGGGUGCUGGGUGCCGUGCCUCUGCAGGAUCACAAUUGCCAUGUCGUGUGUGUACGGAAGCGCGCACCAUGGCCGCCCUCUCUUUCUUGUGGCUAGUCCUCGUGCUCAUGCUCAUCUCAUUUCAUUCUGCUCCGGAUCAUUUUUUGGGGCAUGGACUGUAGAUUGAGUCAAGUCUGCCUGGUGGCGAGGGUUGGAGUGUAUGGUGGUGGUUUGGUUUGCCUUGAAGUGCUAUGUCCAUGCUGGUACAGUAGUUGUCCCGACACAUUUGCGGUGAAGUGACAGGGCAUAAUCCACGGUGUUACGUCGGGACCCGCGCUAUUGGGGGAAGGUCCGUGAAUAGUAAUUUUGUAGCAGGCUACCAUAGGUUGUUGUGCCAAGGGAUUGUUUCCGCGAUACUAUAUACCGGGAACAUCGCUACCCUGGACCGUGAUAUAUCGGGACCACUUCUUUUGUACGUUGUGGACCACCCCUUCAUGGAUGUUGUGUGGGGUUUUGUUGCUGGGGUGCUGAUUAGUCCAAAUUGUUUUCUGUUGAGGGCGAAAGACGUACGGGGGGCGUGGGGGGGGGGCUGUGCACUUUUGUUCGAUGGGAUAAAAAUCGUCCUUGCUGUAGUUCGGGCCAUGCCGUGCCGUCCCCCCAAGAAAAGACGUGUGACAACGCGGCGGCCGGGCGGUGUAACCAGGUUGGUGGUCGGUGAAGCGAUGGGCCUUCUUCCGUGGGAGGGUGGAAUGGAAAAUCAGACCAGAGAAAAAGGAAGCUCAAAUGGCUUUUUUGGAACCCGUUGCUUCCCGGCAGAUGAGCGGGUAAUACUUCUUUCGAAGUAUUUUCUACACAGCGUGUUGGAUGCUACCUGUCGCAUGCGACUGAAAAUGAAGAUUGGCUCCCGCGUUUUGCGGAUAGUGGGGGGCCGUAUUUCUUUUCGUCGGGGGCAUGCUUUCAUGUCUGAAUCUCGAGUCGUCUCCUCAGGGUGUGUUUGUGUGUGUCUGUGUUUGUUGCAUCGAUCGCGCGCUAACCGGCUGGCAAAUGAAAUGGCCUCAGUCUCAGUGCGGCUGAAAAACAGAAAAAUGCCAUGAUCUGGGACCCCGUGGGGGGGCGUCAUGGGGGGGGCUAAGCUGCUCUCUGGAUUAAAGACGGCAACCGUUAGAUAGCAAACGUGUUGUGUGCGUCAUGACAGAGCACGUGGUAGACAUGUAGCCUGUUUGGUGUUCGUUUGCCUUGGCGAUAAUACAAGCCUACGUU